UUUCUUCAGCCCUGGUUUGUUUGUGCGGGUGAAAACUGUUGUACAAAAUAUUUAUAAACAAAUGGCCCAAGUUCAAGGUUCCUGCGACAGCUUCUGUCCAGCUGGGGAGGCGAAAAUGCGAAUUCGCGAGAAGCUGUUGCACUACUUCGAGCUGAAGAAUGGUCAGAAGAACACUCCUGGAGUUCUGGUCAAGGAGUUUACGCGUUCCGCCGCCGAUGUCAAGAUGCCCCUGCCCAAGGAAAUGCGCACGGAGGCGGCACUAAUCAAAACUGUGGAAUACCUACUCAAGGACAUAAUCCUGGACACUCGGAAGCCCUAUCAUCAGGCCUACGACUUCAUCUUCGAUCGUUUGAGGGCUGUACGCCGUGAGAUUGUGAUACAGAUGUAUGAUGCUCGGCAGAAGAUCCGGCUGCUGGAGCCCAUUGUGAUGUUCCUGGCCUACAGUCGCUAUCGGCUGUGCGAGGAUUCCAUAGAGAAGUUCGAUCCCAAGAUAUGCAACCAGCACUUGCAGGAGUGCCUCACGGGAGUGCUCUGCUCUUACGAAGAACUGGAUGGACUGGAAUCCUCUGCAGAACCUACUAUCCGUGAGCUGGAGCGACGUUGCUUCAUAGAGUGUCUGUAUCAGGUGUUCAAUCUGGGUUCUCCCGAGUCCUUUACUCGUGCCCUCAGCUUACCGGACUAUGUGCGUCAGGAUGCGACCUUUAAGCUGUGUUUUGGGCUCUGUUUGGCCUUUCAGCAGGGAAACUUGUACAGAGUGCUUAUGGCUUUGCCACAAUUGCCCCACAUUCUGUGUGCCCUAGCUGCCACCAAGUUACAGGCUAUAAGGAGGAGUUUGCUUCAGAUUUUCACGCAUGCCUACAACAACAAACAGCUCACGGUGCCGGUUCCUUACUUGUUGCGUUUACUGUUAAUCGAUGGGCCGGCAGGACUACAGGAUCAGUGUCGGCACUAUGGCAUAUCCCUAAGUGCCGACAGGAAGGCGGUGCAUUUUAAUAAGACUGAUUUUAACCACAAUGCCGAUCUAUUGAAACCCCAACACGAGCGCUUUGUGGAGUCAAAACUAAAGCGUAUUUAUCUACCCGAAGUCCUGUUGCUAAAGAAAUUUAACUAGUUAGUUAGGUACACAGAAUUGUAAAUAGACAAUAAGUAAAGUGAAACCAUGGUAAUUAAUUUAUUAA